CUCAGCUGUUGCAUGCCGAUGUGUUGCUCGUCAGUUACUGCGCAUGAAGUGACUCUCGGCAAUCUCACAGUACGUGGGUCUUUCGAACCAGUGGCAUGCUGGAAUCUACCUACUGACAGAUGCCUCAGCUUAGCGAGCUGCCUGUCGGAAUGAAGAAGCUUUCCACCGUAUCUGAAGAGGCGAUUGUUGGUUUUUGAAGCCGGGUGAAAUGGACGACUGAUUAAAUGGCUGAAGGGUGACAACAGUUGCUGAACAUCCGUGGAAUCAGAAGACCAGUGAUUUGCUGAGAGAUUCACUGGCUUACAGACAGAUAAGUUAAAAAGUCUGGAUUGCACAUCCUUGCCAAUCUGUGGAGUACCUGCCAGAAUCAUGGAUUUAUCUAACCUCACUGUUACGGAUAAUCCCCUGGAUACAGGGGGUAAGAGCACUUCAGGCAAUAUUCUCCUCACCCUGACUCUGUCCGUGUUGGCGGUAAUGACCACCGGCAUCAACUCUCUGGUUAUUUCCGCCAUUGUCGUCACCCGGAAGCUUCACCAUCCCGCCAACUACCUGAUCUGCUCACUGGCAGUCACCGACCUCCUGGUGGCAAUCUUGGUGAUGCCCUUCAGCAUCGUCUACAUCUCCAAGGAGACCUGGAUCAUGGGGCGGGUGGUGUGCCACAUCUGGCUGGGUGUGGACGUCACCUGUUGCACCUGCUCCAUCCUGCACCUGGCAGCCAUUGCCGUGGACCGCUACCGGGCCAUCACGGACGCGGUGGAGUACUCGCGUAAGCGCACAUCCCGCCGGGCUGCCGUCAUGAUCGCGGCCGUUUGGCUCAUCUCUGUCCUCAUCUCGCUGCCCCCGCUGGUGUGGAGGAGCAGGGACGGGGAGUACGAGUGCAUCAUCCGGCACCACCAGGUGGCCUUCACCAUCUACUCCACCUUCGGCGCGUUCUACAUCCCGCUGGGCCUCAUCCUCAUCCUCUACUACAAGAUCUACCGCGCUGCUAAGACGCUCUACCACCGGAGGGGGACCAGCCGGCUUACCAAGCAAGAGACGAACGGGACCACCCUGCCCAUCUGCCCGGACCGAGAACAGCAGAGCCCGGACACUGUUAGCCCAAUGGAUAAGUCCUUCUCCGAGCACUCGACUGAAGGGGAUCGUCCCCGUGGCACCAUAAAGAGCUUGCCCAGCGAGUCCCGCCGGGAGAGGUCCUUCAAGGGCCCAUGGAUCUCCGUCCCCAGGGAGAAGCGGGCGGCGACCAUGCUGGGGCUCAUUCUGGGGGCCUUUGUGAUCUGCUGGCUGCCCUUCUUCCUCAAAGAGGUGAUUGUCAACGUCUGUGCUUCCUGUGGCGUCUCCGGGGCGACGGCCGACUUCCUGACCUGGCUUGGGUACCUCAACUCCCUGAUCAACCCCCUCAUUUACACCAUCUUCAACGAAGAUUUCAAAAAGGCCUUCAAGAAACUGGUCAAGUGCAGGCAUUACCUUUGAUUGACAGAGACUCUGCAGUGCCAUGGUCCAAAUGCACUGGAUUAAUAAUUUGGAUGUAAAACAAUUGCAUUUGAUACAGUAUGCAUAAUCUACAUUACAGCAGGAGAAUCUAUGCGAUGGGGUAAGGGGCAAAAAGAAAAUUGUUCAUUAAAUCCUUAAACAAAAUGAUGAAAAUAGCAACCAACUACCAGGACCGGAUUCACCCGGAAAUUCCACAACUGGUGACGUCAGAUUAAUUGUCAAUUUAUUAAAUCAAAAACCUUUCACAUUGGACUAAUAUUGUUAUGUCUACAUUUGCAGAGAAGACCACAACAGGUACCUUUUUGAAGUGUAUGCAGAAACGGAUUACAUGUUUCAAAUUCUACAGCAAAUUCCAGGAAACAGAAGCAGUGAAUGUUUUGAGUUGACUAAUAUUUGUUGGUCAUUAGACUUUCAGAUGAGAUCCAGUGCUGGAGCACUCUGCCGCCUCGCAAGGAUUACACCUAUCUCAUAUAAUACAGAUAUAUUGUGUGAACGUAACGCAUUUCCUGUUUAUUUAGGGGUUAUUUUUUAAGGUUUCUUUUUAAAAAAUAGGUAGGCCUAAUACAUAAAUGCAUAAACAAUUAUGUGGCUUGUAGACAGGCAUGGGCUGGUUACCGGUUUCACAGUUCUUGACAUUUAAAAAAAAUUACAGUGCUGAAACCACAGAAAUUUCUCCUUCACACUGUUCCAACAGUAUCAGAUUGUUAUUAUCAUUAUUAUUAUUAUGACAUUGACUACUCACAAAAGUGUAUCUAAUUUACUCGUAAUAUUCAGCACAGACAUGAGAUGAAUAUCUUUGGGCUGGACACAUUUCUGGCCAGGGAGGAUAUUGUCAAUAUAAUGACCUAACUACUACCCUAUCAUCAAGUGAUCAGUUAGACAGGAAGAAAAGUGGAAGCAGACGUGAGGUAAGUUCAUGAGCACCCAAGGAACACAGAUUCAAUUUCUUGAAUAAACAUUGAAGGCAGAAUUAGGAGAAUCCUCAAAACUCCCUGAAGUCAGUGGUGUGGGAAAAUGUUGGUACCAGAAAUAAAUUGGCAUGGAUUAGAGGAAGGUCACCUGACCUGUCAAAGGGAAAAUGGCUGCAAGGGCCAUUCACUUUUUCUUUAUUAACAAUGGACCUCAUUCACCAACCAUUCUUAAGAAGAAUUUUCUUCUUAAAACUCACUUACGCAGUUUUCACGAAGAUUCUGACAUUCACCAGUGUUUUCUUAUUUGGGAUUUGCUCUUAGGAAAGAACCAAAUCUACACACACUCAAGAGCACACUUACGCACAUUUGACAUGUUUGUGUUGUUAUCGGGAUUGGCGGGGCGUUAUUUAUGUUAAUUAGGAACAACUGGCAUGCGCUUUCAAUUCACGAGGACAAUGGGAUUCAUCAUUAUCAGAACACAGGUACGAAAAAUUCUGCAGUUUAAGAACAUGUCAUGAAUCAGACAUAGACCUUUCUCAAGAACAAAUUUAAGAAAAAACUUAGGAAGAUAUUGGUGAAUGAGGCCCAAUAUUCUUAGCUAACUUCUCAUGCUAGUAAGUUAACAAAAUCAUACCUCAUUGGGCUUGUUCAGACACAAACCUACUGGUACUGUCAUGUGUGAAUGCUACCAACCCAAUAAAAUACCUGAUAGUCCUUUUUUUGGUGAACAAGUGAAGCCACUAUAAUGCCAGUGUUCUCACAAAUAAACCUACCAUGCAGGGCAACAUAUCCUUUGCAAACUUAAUUUUUUCCGCAUUCCUGUGCAACUGUCCCACAAAGGAUGUUUGUAAAUGGUAUGUUUUUUUCCCGUUACUAAAGUUUUAGUUUUUUUUCUUGAGCAUUGCAGGUUCAAUGUGUAUAUACAAUGAGCUCCGCAAUGUUUGGGACAAAAACAUUUUUUUUUUUUUAUUUCACUCUGUACUCACAAUUUUAGAUUUAUAAUCAAACAAGUCACAUGUGGUUAAAGUGCAGAUUCUCAGCUUUUUUAAAGGGCAUAUCAUAUAUUUUGGUUUCACCAUGUUCAAAUUACAGCACUUUUAAUACAUGGCUCCUCCAUUUUAGAGCACCAUAAUGUUUGGGACAAAUAGCUUUGCAGGGGUGUUUGAUUGGGUAGGUGUAUUCAAUUCCUUCCUUAGUGCAAGAAUAAGAGAGCUUUCUAGUUUUGAUUCUAGGCUUUGGAUUGCCUUUGGAGUCUGUUGUUGGCAUUUGUCACCAUUAGGAUCACCGUUGUGGCAAUGAAACUCAAAGAAGCCAUUAUGAGGCAGUGAAAUAUGAAAAUAAAACAGUCAGAGACAUAUGCCAAACCAUAGGUUUACCAAAAUCAACUGUUUGGAACACCAUUAAGAAGAAAGAGAGCACCGGUGUGCUCAUUAGGCCAAGCAAGAACUCUACAGUUUAUGACUGAAUAAUUCUCACCAUAACAAAGAAACACUUGUGUGACAGAUCAGAAGCACUCUUCAGAAGGCAGGCGUGGAUGUGUUAGUGACUAGUGUCCACAGAAGACUUAACAAACCAAACUACGGAGGGUACAGAGGCUACACUAUAAGAUGCAAACCACUAGUUAGUCGCAUAAACAAGACGGCCCGGUUACAGUUUGCUAAGAAGUACCUAAAAGAGUUCUGGAAAAAAGGUCUUGUGGACAGAUGAGACCAAGAUCCACUUGUAUCAGAGGGAUGGCAAGAGCAAAACGUGGAGGCCAAAGGAAAUGCCCAAGAUCCAAAGCACCCCCCACUCAUCUGUGAAACAUGGUUGUGGGGGUGUUAUCAUUUGGGCAUGUAUGGCUACAACAUGUACUGCCUCACUUGUCUUCACUGAUGAUGUAACUGCUGAUAGGUGUUUGGAGGUUUUUCUUCAUUAUGGUGAAAAUUCUUUGGUCAUCACCUGUAGAGGUUUUCUGUGGCCUACCAGGCCCUUUGCAAUUACUGAGCUCAUCAGUGCUCUCUUUUUUCUUAAUGAUGUUCCAGACAGUUGGUUUUGGUAAGCCUACGGUUCUGCCUAUGUGUCUGACUGUUUAAUAUUUCUCAGCCUCAUAAUGGCUUUCUUGACAUUCAUUAGCGAAACUCCUGUCCUUAUGCUGACAAGUAGCAAUAACAGACUCCAAAGGCAAUCAAAAGCCUAGAAUCCUGACAAGAUACUUAAAGCUCUCUUAUACUUGUACUAAAGAAGCAAUUGAAAACACCUGACAAAUCAGAAACACUAUUUGUCCCAAACAUUAUUGUGCCCUGAAAUAAGGGGGGGUUCAGAGCUGUCAUUUCUCAAUGGUGAUGUAUUAAAAUACCCUUUAAUAAAAGCUGAGAAUCGGCUGGCGACUCCACAUGUAUCAGAGGAGGCAUGUGGUAGUCUAUACCCUCCCCAGACCGACAGAGGAUAGCGCAUCGACCAGGACUGUGAUACACACGGGAAAUUGGUAUAACGACUAAAUUGGGGAGAAAAUGGCAAAAAAAAUUAAAACAAAUGAAAGCUGAGAAUCUGAACUUUAACCACAUAUGAAUUGUUUUAUUACUAUUUUUAUUAUUAUUUUAUUACUAAUAUUAUUAUCUAAAAUUGUGGAGUAUAGGCCAAAUUUGUGUAGCUCACUGUAUGUCAUGGAAACAAUGCCUGGAUGUCCCAGCUUCCAAUCACUUAUUGGUGUUCAAGGAGGUUUUGCUGCGCAUUUGGCACAAAGAAAAUCUUUGUGAAAGUUGAUCAUAUUUCUUAAAAAUACACAUAGAUAAAUAAUAAAUAAAUAAACAUGCCCGUUGCAAUUGCAUUUAGCUUCAAAACAGGACAUUCAGGCAUCAUUUUCAUGUUUUCUUGUUAAAUAUAAUGAUACAGCAAAGAUAUAAUGGGCAUUAACUUGUACAUUACUACCAAGUUAGUGCAAUCUGAGCUGGUAGCACUAUUUAAGGCUACCAGAUAGGUCAUCCAGAGGUGGUAGGUUUUAUGCUUGCGGAUAUGCAUAUUCAAAGUAUAGAAUCAUUAGUAUACAAAUUUUAAUUUUUAUUAUAAUUUUUUUUGAUUGAUUAUGCAGUUAUCAAAAGAUAGCUGCAGGUUAUCUCAAACGAAUCAAGAUAGGUUAGGAUUACACAAUGAUACAUUUUAGAGGUGCACAAAACUAUACUGUGAAACCGUGAUAUUUUUUGGCAAAAGUUAUUGUAAUGACACAGUCAAUAUAUACCAGUCCAUGCCUAUAUGUAGAUAAGCUGUACCAAACUCAACAGCCAGCUGUAUCAUAAUGUGUUUUGAGUUGUGGUAAAAUAAUGCAUCCCACUUCCCAAUAAUCACAUCAUGAUGUGCAUUUAUUUUACAUUGUAACGUGAGUAGGUAUUAAGUCAUACAUUUCUUCUUUGAUACCUGUAAAGCUAAUGUAGAGCUUUUUUUGGUUGAAAAUUGUCAACAAAUAGAAAUAUACAGAAAACAUAAGGUAAUAUAAAUUACUGGUAACCCCCAAUAACAACAGCAAUAAUAAUAAAAUAAUAAAGAUUAAUUAUAAAAAUGAAAAAAAUUAUAGAUUGUGUAACAAUAUUUUUUUUUAAAGUUACAUUUCAAGGUAGUACAUAGGUAGAAAAUUAAUGCUGCUACGUCAUGUGUUGUACAUGUUUCCUUGUUAAGCGCUGAUUGCAGAGUUGUUAAUAUGAAUUUCACUACUGGACAUUGUGAGAUCAUUUUUUCUAUCACAACAUGAUAAAUGUCCAGCACUUUACCAGAUCCCUUUAUUUUAUGUAUACUGAUGCUGUAUUUAAAAAAAUCUGUGUUUAUUUUUCAGAGAUAUUGGUAUUAUGUAUAGAUACAUGUAUUAUUUUACUGUAAAUGUACAGCUAUCAGCUUUUGAUGUAUAUUUUCUGUCAAAUAUGUGAGCAUGCAUGUUGAUAUUUUAACACCACAUACAAAAACACAACAAAAACUGAAUACUGAAAACUACUGACUAUGACUGUAUUAUCAAAAUAUGGUUGUUCUACUUUUGGACGAUGUACCACUUGCAGUAAUGGUACCCAUUUGUAAGUAGUAGUAUGUGUUUUAGGCUAUAUUUUUGAAAUGCUAGGGAUCACAUUGCUUAUUUCAAUACAGAGAUGGAUUGCAGAAUUUAACUGGAGGUUCCUGGAAUGGUCGCAGGAAGAGUAAUCACAACACAUGUAGAAAUCUUCUCAGAUUAUGUGAAAUAUAAUCUAUAUUUUAUAAUGCCAAUUUAUUUUCCCCAAAUGACCUCAUAUGUACACAUUUGUAAUGAUCACACUACUGGUAACUGGGCACAAUUUAUUACCACACACAUUCAUUUGCAACUGUCUUCAUCAACUACAAAAUCAUCAAAAAUUAAAUAUGGUAUGGUUCAGAUUAAAACUGCUCCCUCUCAUCAAUUGCACCACAUCGUGUCCCCAUUAAGGGAUGAGGGCAGAGAAGAGCCAGAGCCACAAGGAGAAGCA